ACUUUGCAGGAGCAGUAACAGAAGAGGGAGAAACAAUGUACAUUCUUGAGCUCAUUCUGGAUGGGUUCAAGUCGUACGCGACGCGGACGGUGAUCUCUGGCUUCGACCGGUCAUUCAAUGCCAUUACGGGCAAGAACGGGUCGGGCAAGAGUAACAUCCUCGACGCCAUUCUCUUUGUCCUCUCCUCAUCGCCGGGCUCGCUCCGUGCAGAGAAUCUCAAUGCGCUCAUCUACAAGUCCGGCCAGGCCGGUGUCACCAAGGCCUCGGUCACCAUUGUCUUCGACAACACCGACCCGGAGCAGUCGCCCGUCGGCUACGAGCAGUUCAACCAGAUCACCGUCACCCGCCAGCUCGCCCUCGGCGGCCGCUCCAAGUACAUCAUCAAUGGACGGCAGGCCAACCUCGCCCGGGUGCAGAACAUGUUCCACUCUGUGGGGCUCAACAUGCAGACGCCGACGUUCCUGGUCAUGCAGGGUAUGAUUACCAAGGUGCUCAACGCCAAGCCCAAGCAGAUCCUCAAGAUGAUCGAGGAGACAGCCGGAACGUCGAUGUUUGAGGCCAAGAAGUCUGCUGCGCUCGACACUAUCUCCAAGAAGGCGCGCAAGGUCGACGAGAUCCAGAAGAUCAUCGACGAAGACAUUUCGCCGACGCUGGAGAAGCUGCGCAAGGAACGCAAAGCAUACAUCCAGUGGUCGCAGAACAAGACCGAGCUCGAGCGGUGCGAGCGGUUUGUCAUUGCCUACGAGUACUCAGAGCUGGUCAAGUCGAUUGCCACGUCGGAGGAGAAGCAGGCGCAGAUGAUGGCGGCGGCCGAGGAGCUUAACUCGGAGGCGACGUCUGCGGCCGAGGCCGUGGCCGAGUACGACGCGCUCAUCAAGGAGCUGCGGUCAGCGCGGCAGGCCGAGAUGGAGGGCGAGUACAAGGAGCUGGAGGCAACAGUUCGCGAGCUUUCCAAGGCCCUGGUCAAGGCCUCGACCGAUGGUGACCACAAGGCUGAGGCUGUGGCCGAGGCCAAGGCUGCGUUGGCCAAAGUUCAGGCUUCCAUCGAUGAGGCCAAGACUGCACACGCGGCCAAGGAGGAGGAGGCCAAGAACCACGCGCAGGCUGUCGAGGCCGCACAGGCCGAGCGCGAUGCGGCUGCCGCCAAGGUGGCCAACCUCGAGGCGCAGCUGCAGGGCGCCGGUGCUGCGCUCUCGGGCGGGUCGGGCGACGAGGGUGUGGGCGCCAACUCGUUCACCGCUCAGAUUGGUGCAGCCAAGGCUGCGGCCGGCAAGGCUGCGUCAGCCAUCGAUCAGGCCAAGGUCAAGAUUGAUGCGCUCCAGGCCCAGCUGGCGGUCAAGCGGCCGCAGCUCGAGUCGUCGUCGGCCGAGCUUGCCAACCUGCACACCCAGCUCGAGGCGGGGCGCGAGGCCGUUGAGGUUGCGCAGGCACAGCUGAACGCCCUGGCGUUCUCCGAGGAGGAGGUGUCGUCGGCCGAGGCAACAGUGAACGAGCUCGAGGGCGAGCUGGCGCCGAUGCGCGACGCACUCUCGAUCCUCGAGUCCAAGCUCGCGCGGUUCUCGUUUGAGUACGCCGACCCCGAGCGCGGUUUUGAUCGCUCCAAGGUCAAGGGCCUGGUCGGCGAGCUCAUUUCAGUCAACACGCCCGAGGCCAUGACCGCACUCGAGGUUACCGCCGGCGGCAAGCUGUUCAACGUCGUCGUCGACACCGAGCGCACCGGCUCGGCACUGCUCAAGAAGGGCAAGCUCAGGCGGCGGGUCACCAUCAUCCCGCUCAACAAGAUCUCCGGCUCGUCGCUCUCGGCCGACGUUGUGUCCAAGGCCGAGGCGCUGGUCGGCGCCGACAACGUCACGCCUGCACUCUCGCUGGUCGGCUACGAUUCGGAGGUUGACGCGGCUAUGAAGUACGUCUUUGGCAAGUCGUUUGUCGUCUCGGACAUGGUCGCGGCCAAGAAGGUUACUUUUGACAAGGCCAUCCGCACCAAGUCAGUCACCCUCGAGGGUGACGUGUUUGACCCGGCCGGCACGCUCACCGGCGGCUCGUCGCGCCGAGCGUCGUCGUCGAUUCUCGCCGCGCUGGCCGAGCUCUCAGCGGCACGCGCAAAUGUGGCGGCCAAGGAGAACGAGCUGGCCCAGGCGGCAGCCGACCUCGCGGCAGCCCGGUCGCGUCAGGCGCAGGCCGCAGCGCUGGCCAAUGCUGUCGCGCUCAAGGAGCACGAGCUCAAGCUGGCCAAGUCCGCCGCGGCUGGCUCGCCACAGCAGCAGCUCUUUGACGACAUUGCUGAGCUCGAGGCCCAGGUUGCCGAGGCGCAGGGUGUCAUCACCGCGGCGGAGGCAACCAUUGCCGAGUCCGAGGCCAAGGUGGCAUCGAUUGAGGCCGCCAUGGCGGAGUUUGCCGACAACCGCGAGGCCAAGCUUGCAGCAAUCGAGGCUGAGGUCAAGGCGGCGAAGAAGGCAGCCGCAAAGGCGACCAAGAAGUUCCGCGCCGUCAGCCAAGCCGGCGAGGCGCUCCAGCACGAGGCGCUCGAGCUUGUCAACGAGGCCGCCGAGCUCGAGGCCCAGAUUCCGACGCUUGAGUCCGAGAUUGCGGCGGCUGAGGAGGCCGCAGCGGCAUCGGCGGCAGCGCUCGAGACGGCCAAGGCCAAGUACGGUGACCGCAAGGACGAGCUCGAUGAGCAGACGCAGCGGCUGGCGGCGGCAGACAAGAAGCUGGCCUCGCUGACCAAGGCCCGGGCCAAGGCGGCGACCAAGUCGGACAAGGUCCAGCUUGCCAUUCGCAAGGCCGAGACCGGGCUCAAGAACUUUGACAAAAAGGCCAAGGAGCUGCUGGCGACCAAGAGUCGGAUGGAGCGCAAGCACGAGUGGCUCGCCGCCGAGGCGCACCUGUUUGGCGAGCCGGGCUCCGACUUUGACUUUGAAGCCCACAACCCGCGCAAGCUGACCAAGCGGGUCAAGGCCCUGCGCUCCGAGCAGGACGUGCUCAACAAGUCGAUCAACAAGAAGGUCAUGAACAUGUUUGAGCAGGCCGAGCAAGAGUACCAGGACCUCAAGCGGAAGAAGCGCAUCAUUGAGAACGACAAGGCUAAGAUCGAGAAGGUCAUCGCCGAGCUCGAUGAGCGCAAGAACGAGGCCCUUCACAAGACCUGGGUCCAGGUCAACGCCGACUUUGGCUCGAUCUUCUCCACCUUCCUCCCCGGCACGACCGCCAAGCUCGAGCCGCCCGAGGGCAAGACAGUGCUCGAUGGCCUCUGUGUCCGCGUUGCCUUUGGCACGGUGUGGAAGGAAUCGCUCUCGGAGCUCUCCGGCGGCCAGCGCUCGCUGCUUGCCCUCUCGCUCAUCCUGGCUCAGAUGCUGUUCAAGCCGGCGCCGUUCAUGAUUCUUGACGAGGUCGACGCCGCCCUUGAUGCCAACCACACCGCCGCGCUUGGCACCGUCAUCGCCAAGCACUUUUCGCACCGCGAAGGCUCGGCCCACGGCGGCUCGCAGUUCAUCCUCGUCUCGCUCCGCCAGGGCUGCCACUCGAACGCCAACGUCCUCUUCCGCACCAAGUUUGUCGACGGCGUGUCGGCGGUGACCCGGACUGUCCGCGCCUCCAACGGCUCGUUUGCCACCCAACUGGUUGGCGAGCUCGACAAGGCCGCGUCAUCGUCGUCAACGUCUUCCCGCGCCAAGGCUUCUGCCGCGACCACUGCCGUUGCUGUUGGUGGCAAGCGUCUCCGUGCCUAA